AGUUGAAACGGGCUGUUUUCAGGUUCCGUUUCAGGGUCUUAGAGGAGGCAGUGCGCGGAGAUGGAGACCUCGCUGGCCGGCGGCGGCGGCGGCGGCGGCGGCGGGUAUUGCCGCUGCCGCCGGUGCCCUUGGUCUUAACCCCUUGACCCCCGCAGAGCUCCGUCCCAGCCACACAAGCGAGGAGAAAUGGGCUGCAAGGGCAGUAAACCGGGCUGCUGUGAAGCCAGAAGGAAGAAAGAAAUAAAAACUCAGUAUAACAGCGGACAAGCUUCCUGUGAAUUGAUAGCACUGAAGACUGAAGCCAACACAGAUUAUUUGCACAAUGAAGCAGAAAAAAGGAAGGCUGCAAAGCUGGAGAAGCAGAUGGAGGAGACCACAAGGCUCCAGCAAGAACAGCAGGAAGAAGAAGAUUGUCUGAAGGAAGUUCACCAUGCUGAGAUUCACAGACUUAGACAGGACAUUCAACUCCAGGUAGAGAAGGAGGACUUGCAGCAUAAGCAAUUUUCUGAAAAAUAUGAUAUGCUGAAGAGAGAACAGGAGGAAACACUGCAAAAACUCCAGAAAACACAUGAUCAAGAGAAGCUGUUCCUAACCGAAUCCUACCAAAAAACUCAGGCAUCUUUGCAGGAGACCAUUGAUAAGCUGACUUCACAGCUGAAGUCCUUUCAGGAGAAAAUGAAACGGGUAGAAGAGUCAAUUCUGAGCAGAGAUUAUAAAAAGCACAUUCAGGACUAUGGGACCCCCAGCCAGUUCUGGGAGCAAGAACUAGAGAGUCUACAUUUUGUCAUUGAGAUGAAGACUGAACGCAUCCACAGCUUGGACAAGAAGCUGCUGAACCUGGAAAUAGUGAUGGAGUCAAACUUAUUAGUUGAAGAGAAAAUUAAAAUUCUACAACAGGAAAAUGAAGAUCUCCAAGUACGGAUGCAGAACCACAUGACAGUGACAAGGCAGCUGUCUGAUGAGCUUCUGACCAUUCGUGAGGCCCUGGAGAAGGAGACCCAGCUGAGGGAGCAAGCUCACCGAGAGAAAGAGGAGCUCUUGUACAGGGUGCUUCAUGGCGAUUCAGGCCACCCCCUUGCUAUUUCUACUGAGACAUCACUCAUUGCCACAUAGCACUUUGAGAGGCCAAAGACACUGAUGUGGUAUAAAAACAGAAGAGGAAAGGAGACCACCAUGUGACUGUUUCGUCCUUGCAUUCUACUCCAGAGGUGUUCAGAUAUUUUUUAUCCCAUGGACUAAGGUGGUCUUCAAGGGACAUGCCACAGGUCACACUCCUCCCAGACAAAUGAGGGCCAACUUAAGAAGUGGGAGCAGAGACAACAUUCACAUUAAAUGAAUUAAAUAAUUCCCAUUAUUUAAGAAUUUUCCAUUUCUGCCACAUUAAUAAUUGCAAUGUAGAGGGGAUCAUGCCGAAGGCUGGCAGGGAGGGAUUGGAUCCAGGUUGUAUACCUCUGUGCUGGCCAUGGUGUUUUAACCUAAGGACAAUUCUUGUUGGGAUUUUCUUUUAUGCCCUUGUUCUUUGAAAUCCUGAUAAAUGGGAUUUUUUCAUCUUCCUUUCAAUAGUGGCCAAUUUCAGUGCUAGUCAGGGAGGUCACCCUUCGGACGUUUUGUCAUAUAUAGCAGUCAGGUCAGGUCUUUCUCUUCUUCUCCCAAGAAAUAGUGGAGUUAACUACCUCAUAUAAUAGACCUUGUGAGGGGGUAAAAAAAUUAGAGAAAAAGGAGUAGGAAUUACAAAUACAUUGGCACUUCACAGUCGCACAGAGAUACUAGAGUAGAUAAAAUGAAAGAUUUACAAUUGAUUUCAGCUGAUGGAACUAGAGUUAAACCAAAAUUCUAAAGCAGUUGGAUCUUAAACCAGUGCUUUGUAAAUUUGAACUGAUUUGUAACUAAGUUCCCCCAUUGCGUCUUUUUUCUGCUGUGUCUCCAUGAUAUUUCUUCAUCUUGUCCCUGGCUCAUGUGUGACUCAAGCUUAAGUCAUCCUUAGCUGUGCUGGGAUUAAAGCAGUACAAUAUUUUCACCUUAUUCCAAUCUGGUCAAGGAUGACCUUUCCUGUCUAGUAAAAUCAGAGGACUAAAUGAGUAGUACUUUAAAACUAUGAUAAUUGCAAGACUGUCACGAUAGAAUUAGGAUAGGAAUUACCAGUGAGGCAACAACUUUAUGAUUUUCUACUCAUUUAAGGAUGGGCGGAUAGCACUUAACAUAGUAGUAGAGAAAGACCUUAAAGAAGAGGUUCUUAACCUGGGGUGACCGCAUCCUCAGGAAGUGUGAGAGGGAAUUUCAAGGGGUGCAAAAAAGUCAUAAUUAUUUUUUUAGGGGGUGCAAAUAUUGAACAUUUGCUAGGGGCAUGGAGCAUAGAAAAAAUUGGAAACCAUUGCUUUAAUGCAAGAUGUUGAAGUUUUUCCUGCCUCAUGGGGUUGCUUAGCCUUGAUCACCUUUCAUAUGGCUAAGAAAAGAUUUUAAAAAUUAACUCGGUUAUGUGAGCUUGAUUGUUCUGGAUCUCCCCAUUUUCUCUGUUGUUAGAAUUAUGAUCAGUUACUGCCCACAUUCUUUUAUUAUUUCACUUUCUAGAACAAAAAACUGGUUCUCACAGAUUUGGAAGACAAUGGGAAAAAAACAUCAUUUUAAUUCAUUUGCUUCUAGAAUCAAACUCUUUUGUCUUCUUUGACAGGGUCUCUCUUUGCUAGUUCAAAAUUUUGAGAAUGGUAUAUUAGAAAGGUUCUCAAAAAUUGAACAGAAAUCGAAAUUCUUAUUGUAUGACUGUUUUGUAAAGCUGAUAAAUGACAAUGCCCUCUACUGAUUGUAGGGGGGUGCUACAAGUUACAUAAAAAAGUGAUUGUCAGAUUGGAAGAACUGCUAUAGGCAUGUAAUAAUUUAAAUUCAAAGAAAUUGGAUGUUAAAAUGUAUUGUUUUAAUGAAGAGAUUAAAUUGGUGUUUAUUAUAGUUCUAGUGCAAUGUAGACACAGAAUGAAGUGAAUAAAUAUUGGUACUUAGUACUGCUAUAUAUUCAAGGAAAUCUGAUAUAGUUUUAUCCUGGAAAAAAA